CUCUGAUUGGCUAAGCUUGUUGUGAAGCUGCGUUCAGAUGACAGACGUGUGUUAAAAAAAAACACGAGGCGAUCCGACAACGGUAGAACAGACCCUUUAUUCUCCUCACUUUUAUCUGAGAAAACUACCUUUCAUCAAAUACACUCUCUGGAAAUGUUAUUUAACCCGACUGGCUUGAAAGAAUGUUUACAAGAAUGGGAGGAUCUGGAAAAAGACUAUCAACAAGUUCAGGAGACACAUCGACUUUACAAACAAAAGCUGGAGGAGGUUUCGAAACAACAGGACAGCUGUUCUUCUUCAAUCGCACGACAGAGGAAAAAGUUAAAGGAUCUCAACGAAUCCAUGAAGGAAUGCAGAGCGGUAGCGAAUUCAGAAGAUGUAAAUACAAUAGAUGAGAUCCAAGACUCUAUAAAGGAGAGAUCAAACGUCUUUUUUGAGAUGGAGGCCUUCCUGCCAAAGAAAAAUGACUUAUACCUCAGUCUUGUGCUUGGAAAUGUUAACGUUACCCUUCUUAACAAGCAGUCCAAGUUUGCCUAUAAAGAUGAGUACGAGAAGUUCAAACUAUACUUGACUGUGCUGCUCUUGUUCUUCUCAUUCACCUGUCGGUUUUUGUUCAGCUACAGGGUUGUAGAUGCACUUUUCAACUUCCUGUUGGUGUGGUAUUAUUGUACAUUGACGAUAAGAGAGAGCAUCCUCAUUAAUAACGGCUCCAAGAUCAAGGGCUGGUGGGUGUUUCAACACUAUGUCUCAACAUUUCUCUCUGGAGUAAUGCUGACCUGGCCUGAUGGUGAGCUCUACCAGAUGUUCAGAAAUCAGUUCCUGUCCUACUCCAUGUAUAUAAAUUUUGUUCAGUUUCUGCAGUACUAUUACCAGAGUGGCUGCUUAUAUAGACUUAGAGCUCUUGGAGAAAGACACAACAUGGACCUCACAGUUGAGGGGUUUCAGUCCUGGAUGUGGAGGGGUCUGACCUUUCUCCUGCCUUUCCUUUUCUUGGGCCAUUUUUUCCAGCUUCAUAAUGCAGUUACACUCUUCCAAAUGACCCACCAUCCAGAAUGGAAAGAGUGGCAGGUUCUCAUGUGUGCCUCUACUUUCCUUGUUUUGUUCAUGGGAAAUUUCUUCACCACUCUUGGUGUUGUUUACCACAAAUACAUGGAUCACGACAGAGCCAAAGUUUUAUAAAUGACCAGCACAAAGACACUGCUGAACUCUUUAUUAAAAGAAGUUAUGUUUUAUAUUAAUGUUUUUUAAAUGUCAUUAAUAUUUUUUUGAUUAAAUGUUUUCAAAAAAUGUUUUUUUGGUUUUUGGUUAAACCUGGUUAUGAUUUUUGCAAAUGUGUCACAAAACAUUAGGGAUAAAAUGUAUUUUCCCUAAACCUAAAAUAUUUAAUAUAUAUGUUUUUUUUUAUUUUUAUUAAAGGACUAAGUGUCAUGAUUUCUACUUAAGAAUAUAGAAUUGACUCCUCAAUUCAUUCCCCUAGUGAGCCAAAGCUGCAAUUGCAUAAAAAUGCUCAGCAUUGUGGUUUUAAAAUGAGACAAACGUGCAUUCGUUUAAUUUUAAAACUUAAUUAAUAAUAUCUGGGAAGAGAAAUGUCAUUGUGAUGUCAGAUGAUUAGUGCAACAUUAUAAUCUCAGGCAUAUAAUGUUUGACAAAUA